AUGGCGGGGCCGGCGGUGCGCGCGCUGCUGCUGGCGGCGCUGCUGAGCGCGGGCGGCGGCGGGGGCGGCGGCGGCGGCGACGCCAGCGGGGGCGGCUACGCGGCGUACGCCCAGCAGGUGGCGCCCUGCACCUUCAACUCCAUGUGCACGUGCAAGCUGGGCGGCGGCGGGGGCGGCGCCGCGGGCCCCACCAUCCACCUCACCACGCCGCGCUCGCUGGCGCUCGUCAAGGACAUCAGCUGCAUCGGCGUGCCCUUCGCCAAGAUGCCAGAGCUGGCGGGCGGCGCGCAGGUGGCGCACAUGGACGUGGUGAGCUCGGGGCUGGAGGCGCUGGAGGGCGAGGCGCUGGGCGCGGCACAGGUGGAGUCGCUGCGCCUCAUGAGCAACCGCAUCCAGCUGGUCGGCGAGCGCGCCUUCGCGUCGAUGAGUGACGCGUUAAAGUCGCUGGACCUGAGCUACAACGAGCUGGAUCACGUGCCCUUCGAUGCCCUUCGCCCUCUCAAAGGCCUCGACUGGCUCAACCUCCACAGCAACCACAUCGCGUCGCUGGGGCGCGGGGGCGAGGGCGCGGCGGAGGCGGACUGGGGCCACCUGCGCGAGUCGCUGUCCAACCUCUUCCUGGGCGAGAACGACCUGACGGAGCUGCCGACGUCGCUGGGCGACUCGCCGACGGUCAACGGCCACCUGCACGGCCACGGCGGCGGGGGCGGCGGCGCCAACGGCCACGCCUUCAACGGCCACGGCGGCCACUUCGGCGGCAACGGCGGCGGCGGCGGCGGCCGGAACGGGACAAUUAAAGUGAACAUUUAA